CACCAGCGUGCUGGCUAUGCGUGCUGGCUGCUUCUCGUAACUGGACUGCUAAACGAAUAGCUACUUUGUCUGCCGUUUCUUUUGGUUAGCUUUAAAUUACCUUUGCCAGAACUACUUCAGGUUUUAUUCAUGGCAUGUUGCUCUGUCUUUGGAGAAGACGAAGAGUUGAGGCUUUCCACAAUUUUCACUGUGGUUUAGGCAACUUGCAGCUCAUCUUUCUCCUCUGCACCAAGGCGACUCUUAGGCUUUGUUGCCCACAGUAAUCAUAGACCCACUUCAGCAUUCUCCUCCCCGAGCAAGUCAUUCACCAGUCAAACCAUCAUGUCAGACAAAAAACGCAAAUCAACAUCUUCAGCUGCUGCUGGUAAAGAGCCCAGUGCUAAGCAGCAGAAGUUGGCCCACACGAAGGAGAAGAAGGAGAAUGAGAGAGCUGAGGGCUGGCUGCAGGACCUUGUGAAGCAGCAGAGGACAGAGAAGAAGGAAAUGAAAUUCAACAAAAAGCGCCUCCGCUUUAUGUCUGAUACUGAGCAGGCAAAGCAGGGCUCAGAGGGUGUACUGUACUGGAUGUUAAGAGACCACAGAGUACAAGAUAAUUGGGCGCUGGUCCAGGCCCAGCGGCUUGCUUUGGAGGAGAACCUUCCUCUGCACAUCUGUGUCUGCCUGGUUGUCCCAAAAUCAGAACUGUCUACUCUGAGACAUUACAGCUUUAUGCUAAAAGGUCUGAAAGAAGUUGCAAAGGAAUGCAAAACCUUAGGCAUCCAGUUCCACUUGCUGCAUGGUUCGGCAGGCGACGUUCUCCCUGGCUUUGUGUCUGACUGCGGCCUGGGGGCAGUGGUGACAGACUUCUCCCCCCUCAGAGAGCCACUGCAGUGGUUGGAGGAUGUUAAAAAGACUCUUCCAAAGGACAUUCCCCUCAUACAGGUUGAUGCCCACAAUAUUGUUCCGUGCUGGGUAGCAUCACCUAAACUUGAGUACGCCGCCAGGACGAUCAGAGGAAAAAUCACUAAGCUUUUGCCAGAGUUCCUCACAGAGUUUCCUCUGGUAGAGAAACACCCAUACACAGCUACUAGAACAGCCAAACCAGUAGACUGGGACAAAAUCCUGGCCUCCCUGCAGGUUGACCGAGCAGUUGGAGAGCCGGAGUGGGCAAAGCCAGGCACCAGUGGAGGGAUGGCCAUGUUGGAGUCCUUCAUUGAUGUACGCCUUAAACUGUUUGACACCCAACGCAAUGACCCAAACGCUGCUGCCCUCAGCCAGUUGUCCCCCUGGAUCCGCUUUGGCCACCUGUCAGCCCAACGUGUGGCACUGCAGGUUCAGCACAGUGGGAAGUCUGCAGGACAUUCUGUCUCCUCCUUCAUUGAGGAGCUGGUGGUGCGCAGGGAGCUGACCGACAACUUUUGCUUCUACAACAAGAAAUACGACUGCGUGGAGGGUGCGUAUGAGUGGGCUCAGAAGACCUUGAAAGAUCAUGCCAAAGACAAGAGGCCGUAUCUCUACACGCGUGAACAGCUGGAGAAAGCAAAGACACAUGACAAGCUCUGGAACGCUGCUCAGUACCAGAUGGUCACUGAGGGGAAGAUGCAUGGUUUCUUGAGGAUGUACUGGGCCAAAAAGAUUCUGGAGUGGACUUCUUCACCUGAGGAGGCGCUCUCAAUCGCUCUAUACCUAAAUGAUCGCUAUGAGCUGGAUGGCCAGGACCCCAAUGGCUUUGUUGGUUGUAUGUGGUCUAUUUGUGGCAUCCAUGAUCAGGGCUGGAAAGAGAGAGACGUUUUCGGGAAGAUUCGCUACAUGAACUACAAAGGCUGCCUGCGGAAGUUUGACGUAGCCCGGUUUGAGAGAAAGUACUGUCCCAAAAACCUUUGAAGCGUAAAAUGUUUUGAAGGAUGGGAAUAAAAUGUCUGGCAGCCUAUAUCCUAGAUCUUUACCUCAGGGGGCAUUUAUAAGCCUUUCUUGCAGAGGAUGUUUUGUUCUUCACUGACUUUUUUUUUUUUUUUUAGUUCUUUUUUUUAAACAUUGGGCAGAUUCUUUUACUGAAUAUUCAGACAUUCAUAAUUUAACAUUAGAUUACCACAGUGCCAACUUAAUAAGCAUAAAAGCUUUUAUGCUACUUUUUUAUUACUUUUUUUUUAUUUUUUAAAUGUUUAUUAAAUUGUAUUUUCCACAAAAGAUGCCUUGUUUAUCAUAAAUGUUUGAACAACUGAUUCCACAACACCAGAGGCCUGUACUACGAAGCAAGAUUUGGCGUUAACGAGGUAACUUCAGGUUCAACCCAGGGUUUUGUGUACCACGACGGUGGAUCACCUGUUACCGGGUUC